UUUACCCUAAUCACACAUCUUCUGUACGAUCAAUCAAUUUUUUCUCACUGCAAUAUCGAUUUUUCAAUCACUUUCAACAAUGGAGACUCCAUCAUCCACUUCAAGAAGAGUCACAAGAUCACAAACCUUGUCUUGUUCCAACAACAACAACAUUCCAUUUUCAAGAAAGAUCGAGGACUCGGAGCAGAACGCGACGAAAUCAAGACAAAGAGGACAACAGCAACAAGAUCGGUGUGCGCUGAUCGACAUAUCAAACGAUUCUCCGAUUGUUGGACUUGCGAUUGGAGAUGUCGAGACACCUUUAUCGAGCAUUGCGAAGCAGAGGGGAAGCCGAGUGAAGAAGACUCCUGGAUCUGGUGAAGCUUUGUUGAGGGGUCAAGUGAAAACCCUUUUGCAGAAAGUUGAGGAAGAAGCUGAGAUUUCAAAACUCACAAUGGAUAUUCGUCCUUUUCUUCAAUUCAUUAACUCUCCAAUGCAACUUAUUGCUCCAACUCCUGCAAACACCCCUCAAAUUCCAAAUAUCAACAACACUUCCACUGGUUUCACAGGGUUUUCACCUUCUUCUGUUGUCCAAGAACAACUUAUUUCUCAGAUGGUGAAUCAAGGAGUUGUUGUAAAGAAUGAAGAACACAUUGAAUCUGAAAAGAAUGUGUUAAGUCCACUGGUGUUAGAUUUCUCUGAAAAAUCUGAGGUUACAGAAGACUCUAAGAUGGAGUCAACAGAAGAUGAUGGUGAUUCCAUUUGGUCAAUUCAAGUAAAUGCAAGUACACAUGAUGAAGAAGAUGAUGAGGAAAUAGCUGAAAUUGAAGAUGAGGAAGAAGAAGAUUACUAUGAGGGUGUUGAAGAGGAAGAGUAUGAUGAUGGAGGGUUACUACUUGAUGAACUUUGUGAGGGUUUGAGCAACAUAGGUGUGAAUGAAAAGGUGGUUCCAAAGUUUGCUGGGAAACAUACAAGAUUCGUGUAUGAUAGUGAAGAUGAUGAGAUUGUGGAAGUUGUUGAAGAAUCUGCUGAUUCUAACUCUGAGAUUUUGCAUUUGAAAGGGUUGCCAACUCCAAAAGGAAAGCAUAUUCGUUUUACUGAGGAGGAAGGAAAAUCUGAUUAGUGAUUUGUGUUUGUUUGUUUGUUUUGGAUGAUUUGGUUUAGGUUUGGUUGUCUCUCUUAUGACACCACAUUUUGGCUUUUAGUUUAGUUUCUUUUAAUCUGAAUGGAGCUAGUGAUUUGGACCAUAUAGAGUAUGUGUGGUUUUGAUGCUCCAAUGAAAUUGUUUCUUUCUUUUGUUGUUUAAUUGAUGAUAUUCUUGGUUUAUUAGCUGGAAA